AUAUAUACAGGCUACAACUUACAACUUAUUUAUUGUUUAAUGUCCAAUUUAACAUUAAAUUUAACUACAGUUGAUUUAGUUAUACUUGUAGUAGUUUUAGGUAGGGUUGUAGCAAAACAUUGAACGAGACGUUACACCGAAGGUUGAUGUUUACAUUCGGUAUUACCUAUGCAUGUAGCUCUUUCAUGGCAUAGUUUGACUUUCGCAGCGAUUAGAAUCAGACGUUACAAAUUGAAACUUAAUUAAGCAGAUAGAGUAUUCUCUACACCAAAAUGACCGCUGGCUCAUUCAAUUAUUUUGCAUUUGGAAGUAAUCUGUGGUCUGGACGAAUUCGCAUGGAAAGCCCGUCGGCAAUUAGAAAAGGCGUAGGUUAUCUGGAGAAUUACAGACUUGAUUUUUUCCACUACGCUGCCCGCUGGAAGGGCGCACCAGCAACCAUUGUUGAAGCUCAGGGCCAUCGUGUGUGGGGUGCUAUUUGGGAAAUUAAUUCCACCAAUUUGCCAGACCUUGAUAGGCAGGAAGGUGUGCAUAACCAGGUAUAUAAACCAUUAACGCUUCCAGUUCAUACCAAAAAUGGCGAAACACUACAAUGUCGUGUUUAUCAAUUGGUCAAAAAUCCUCCGAACCUUGAAUGCGAAGAGGUUGAUCGCCCGUUUGAAAGACAGCCGUCGAGAACGUACAUCAACGUAAUAAUUGCUGGAGCAAAAGAAACAGGACUUCCAGAUUACUAUCUAAAGUUUUUGAGUACGAUAAAACAUAAUGGCCAUUCAGGCGAUCCGAAAUAUGAGUUGGAUUUAACGGUCAAUGUUUAGCCUUGGUUGUUGUGGAAUAGCAGAAUUUUUAUCAUUUAUAAUAAAAUAUUUGAAAUGCUCAUUAAUAUAAAAUUAGGGAAUGAAU